CGGAGUGUCGCUUGCGCAUUCGAACCGGGUUCAAGGAGUAGAUACGUUAGCACGUUAGUUCACAGCGGUUCUGGGUUCUUUCUCCGCACUAUUGUUUUCGGGCAGGAGAGGCGGAGAUGGCGGCCGUCCUGCUGCAGGUGCUGGAGCGGGCGGAGUUAGGCAAACUUCCGAAGGCUGCCCAGAACAAACUGGAGAAGUUUGUGACGGAGCUGAAGAGUGCUAACGAGGCGCUCAGGACCCAGCACGAGCGGCUCAAGGCGGACAGCGAGCAGCAGUACUUUGACAUCGAGAAGAGACUGGUGGAGAGCCAGGAACAGAUCCUGUCUGCCACCAGAGACUUGCAGACCCUGAAGGAGGAAAACAAGAAACUCAAUGAAGAGCUGAAUACGCUGAAAGGAAUAGAGGGAGAGACCUUUCAAGAGAAAACACCACAAGAGCAAACAAAGGCCAAGUAUGAGAUUGAGGCAGAGAAGAGAGAGCUGGCAAGAUUGCUGGAGAAGAGAACGCAGGAGGUGGAGAAUCUUACUGUGGAUGUGAACCGUCUGAAUGAGAAGCUGACAGAGACAAACAAGAUCAAGAUGGAGCUGCAGUUGAAACUGGACAAUACACAAUCAUCUGAAGCUUCUGUACAGCACCGCGAGAAGCGCAUGGAGCAGGAGACAGAGUUACUUGAGAAGAAGAUCGAGUGGUUAACCAGUGAACUGAAGACCAAAACUGAUGAACUGCUCAACACCAACAGAGACAAAGGCAAAGAGAUAGUCGAGCUCCAGGGUAGUCUGAAGAACAGCAAGGAACAGGCGAUCGCACUGGAGAGUCAGCUCACUUCUCUGAAGGUGACCAGUGAAAACCAACGUAAAAGAGCUGAGGACCUAAACAACAAACUCAAACAGGCUAAAGAUGAGCUGAGUGCCAUGGAGGGGAAAUACCGCAAUGAGCUCAACGCACAUGUCAGGUUGUCUUCACUCUACAAGGGGGCAGCAACAGACAUGGAGACAAAGAACCAAGAACUGAGCAGAGCAGUGGAAGAGCUCAGCAAAGUGGUUAAAGACACUGGGGAAGCCAAUAAGGUUCUGGAGAAGAAGGUGUCUGAGGGAGAAGAACUGAAGUCGAGGCUCGAGGCAGAGCUUAGAGAGAAAGUCAAGAAAAUGGAGCUGGAAAACGCAACAAUGAGGACUGCUGGUAUACGCUGCUGUGUGCCUACUCUUAAUGAGGAGCAGUUGGACGCCAUGUGUCCAGCGGCAGCUGCCAUUGCUGAGGUUGUGAUGCCGAACAUGAGGUUCUUUGACAUGUAUAAUGCCUAUGCAGAGUGUCAGACACACCUUCAGCUUGAGAAACAGGAGACCAGGAGAGUGAGCAGAGUGCUGGAUGAGAUCGUGCAGGAAGUCGAGGCCAAAGCGCCCGUCCUAAAGCGUCAGCGAGAGGAGUAUGAGGGCAUGCAGAGGUCCAUGGCCUCCCUGUGCAACAAACUGGAACAGGCUCGAAUGGAGAUCCACAGUUUGCAAAAAGAGAAAGAAGAGGCCAAGCAGUGCUGCGAUGCCAUGGAGAGAGAGAAACAGAAGACGGAGAGACAGUUAGAUGAUACAUCUACACAGGUGUGUGUUCUUCUGGUUGAGCUCGAGGAAGCCAGAGGUAAUCGGGUGACCAAGGAUGACGGCAGCUCCGCCGACAUUUCCAGCACGUCUGAGGCCAUCAGCCCAAAACAGUUGACUUUCCGCAGUGUGGAGGAGCUGCAAAGGCAGAACCAAAACCUGCUGGGACGGCUGAGGGAGCAGGAGAAGGACAGACAACAGAACAGUGUAACUUCAGCACGCAUGUGCGAGUUGGAGGCCAGUGUGGAUAAACUCCAGAAGGAGGUGGAGCAGCUGAGAGAGCAGAGGAACCAGCUGAAACAGCUUUCUGACUCCAACGCCAGACAGAGAGACAUGUACAAGGCCCUGUUGACGCAAAGCACAGGCUUCAGCCUGCCUCCUCAAGGUCAAGACUUAUCAUCCCACCCAGCUCCGGUUCGACCUUCAGCCCCAGGUACUCGUUCUACGCCAGAAAGAGCUACUGCUGCCGAUGCAGCACAGACCGCUCAGGCUAAAACUGCUUUAAAACAGCUCAAUGAUGCCUUCAGUCUGUAUAAAAAGGAGAAGGCAGAGAACGACAGGAUGCUGAAUGAAACAAACGACCAGCUGCAGAGACGGAUAACAGAACUCAACUCCAGCCACGCCAAGCUGACUUCUCAACUGGAGUUCAGCAACAAGAGGUAUGAGAUACUCCAGGAGACUGUAUCCGCCUACCGCAGAGAGAUCUCUGCCCUUCAGGACAGGAACCAAAAAAUGGCUGCUACGGCCCAACAACACGAGCACAUCAUCCACACAAUGACCCAGGACCUGCGGCAGGCUAAUGAAAAACUGGCAUUGGAAGAGGUGCGUGUAGAGAACUUGACCAAAGAGAAAGACAUGUUAAGGCAAGCGGAGAGUCGACUAACUCGAGAGAAGGAAGCCAAACUGGCUGAGCAACGUAACCAGAACCUGCUGCUCACAAACCUCAAGACAAUACAGUUGACCAUGGAGCGUACAGAGACAGAGAGCCGUCAACGACUGAACAACAAGAUCGAGCAUCUGGAGGCAGAGCUGGCUUCCAUGAAGACCAGGAUGGAGCAGGAAGUAGCACAGAGACAUGCCCUCGGACGCACCAUGGACGCUCAGCUGUUAGAAGCCAAGAAGCAGCUGCAGAUGCAGAAUGUGUUGCAGCAGAAGACCAGGGAGUUGUUGCGUAGUUCUGAACAGCAGGUGGCAGCGCUGAAAGCCCAGCUGGCUUCUGCUUCGUCCUCUGAGGCCGGUCCCAGCAACAGCAGCAUCACAGCUACCAGAGCUGCACCCCUCAGAGCCCCCCUGCGAGUACGCCCUCCAGGGCCAGCAUCCUCCCCACAGCCCAGCCAAUCAGAGCAGGAGCUCUCAGAGUUGAAAGGUAUUCUGCGUACUGCUGAGGAACAGAACAGUGAACUGACAGAGCAGCUGAGGGUUGCUAAUGCUACCGUUGCGCAGUACAGAGGUGUGGUACUGACUCUGGAAGAGAAUCUGCGUAACGAACAGCAGGCCCACAUUCCCCUGGAGAUGCAAAUGAGGGAGUCACAGGAUGUGCAGAAAGACCUGGAGAGGAGGAUUGUAGAGGUGGAGACAGUGAUGCAGCAGGAGCUGGAUAAGAGAGUAAAGUCUGAGUUGGCAUUGGAGAAACAAGUGUAUGAGCUGCAGCGCUCUCUGGUGGCCAGUCGGGCACAGCAGCAGGAGGCGUUGGAGAAAGCAGCUGCUUCUCUUUCUCUGGAGCAGAAGGCAAAACAGGAAAGCCUGCUGCAGACUAAGCUUGCUAGUGAGGCGCAGGCUAAGUAUGAGCGCGAGCUAAUGCUUCAUGCUGCUGAUGUGGAGGCUUUGCAGCAGCUCAAGAAAAAAAUCCAACAAGAUGUGGCACAGAAGAGGGAGUUGGAGGAGCAACUGAACAAGACCUCCCUCCUCCUGCAGGAGAAAACUGCAGCCUGUAACGCACUGGAGAAACAGCUGAAGGAGGACCUGUCAAAUCAGAGUCGUCGCUGUGAGGAGCUGGGGAGGCAGAAUGCUCUCUUGCACCAGCAGAUGGACGACAUGGCUGCCAGGAGUCGUCAGCAGCAACAGCAGCAACAGAAACAGCAGCUUGACCUGUCAUUCAGUGAGGAAGGGAAGACCACUGAACAGAUACUAGAAAUACUCAGGUUUGUGCGGCAGGAGAAACAGAUCGCUGUUGCUCGAUGUGAGGUGUCUGAGGGAGAAGCUCUUCGCUACAAACAGCGAGUGGAACACCAGGACAGAGAACUAAAGAAUCUACAGGACACACUGAACUCUGAAAGGGAGAAAAUGCAGGCUACAGCUAAGACUCUGGCCCAACAAGAGGAACAGCUGAAGAAGAUUAGCAGUAUCAGUGCUCUCCAAGAAACCAACAGGAUGCUGAAAAUGGACAGAGAUAAACUGCAACUGGAGCUGCAGCAAGCGCAAGCUAGAGUGACAAAGCUCCAGUCAGACAUCAGCCCACUGCACCUCUCUCUGUCUGUGCUGUCAGAAAGAAAUGGCUCCCUUCUGGCGGAAAAGAGGCUUCUGGAAGAAGACCUCAAACACUGGAAGGCCAAAGCACAGCAGCUGGUCAGCCAACAGAAAGAUGGAGAUGCGGAGGAGAAACAGAAACUGACCAAUGAGAAAGAAGCUCAGCAGAGACGCAUCACACAGCUAGCUGAAGAGUCGGCCAAGCUGAAGACUGAACUGGCCAGAUCCAAUGCCAGCAGCAACUCGACUCAGUCUCAGCUGAAAGCCCUCAGAGACUCUGUGACCCAACUGACGUCAGAGAAAGAAGCUCUGACGAAACAACUGGAAACAAAAAACAAUGACAUCCUGGAGAAGAACAAGACCAUCACCCAGGUCAAGAAGAUAGGACGUCGCUACAAGACCCAGUAUGACGAGCUCAAAGUCCAGCAUGACAAGCUUGUUGCGGAAACAGCAUCUAAAGUAGGGAGUGAGUCAGCUCUGAGCCAGGAGGUGCAGCAAGAGCUGACUAAAGCCCAGGAGGAGCUCAACAAGUCCCGGGAGGAGCUGAAAACACUGAAAGAAGAGGUGCAGAAAAAACAGGAAGAGGUGAGCAGAAAGACCCAGAAGGCCCAGCAGGAGUUGGAGGAGGCCCAGAAGGAAAACCAGAAAGUCAAGGAAAAGUCCCAGGAGGUCCAAAACCAAAUGACACAGAACCAGAACCAACUGACACAGGUCCAGUCACAGUUGUCUCAGACCCAGACUCAGCUGCAGCAGAAUCAGAACCAACUGACCCAGAGUCAAAAAGAGCUUCACCAAGCCAAGACCCACACCCAGCAGGUACAAAACCAGUUAAAAUCAGCUCAGUCUCAAGCUCAGGCCCGUCUGAACCAGAUUCAGCAGAUCCAGAGGGAGCUCCAGCAGGUGAAAGAGUCACUCCAGCAGAACCUCGCCAGUCAGAAAGAGCUACAACAGACCCACCAAACCAGUCAACACAGUUACAACCAGGAAGUCAGCAAUCUAAAGACUGCACUGAGCCAAGCAGAGGGCAAGUUGACUGAGCUCCAGGGAGAGCAAGACAGCUUGCAGAAGACGGUGGGUGAGCGGGAAGCAGACAUCAAGCGUCUGCAGGAGCAACUGACUGAAGCUAACCAGGCCAAUGAAGCUGGUCAAGCUUCACUGGCCAAGAGUUCCCAGCCCGGUGAUGCUAACGCUGCUAGUGACACUAACCAAGCACAACAAGAAGAGGUUGCUAGACUCAGACAAGAGCUGCUGGACAACAAGAACAGAGAGGAGAAGCUGAAACAGCAGAUUGCUGACAAAGAGGAAAAGACCAAGAAGGCCUUCCUGGGAGCUAAGACCAAAAUCAACCAACUUAUCAAUGCCAAAGAGCAGCUCAGUAAGGAGAUAGAAGAACUAAAACAGAGUAAGGAGGAAAUGGAGGUGAGAAUGAACGCCCUUAAGUCUCAGUUCGAAGGUCGACUUCUUCGCCAGGACAGAGAGCUUAGAGAACUGAGGGAGACACAAACACACUCUGACCCCAGAGAGGAGCCACAGGACCAGAGUGGAGCUAAGGUGGGUGAUCAGCCCAGAUCUGCAGACCAGAGACAGAUAUCUUUGAAGAGUCCAGCCCAAGACAGGGGAGGCUCCAGCAUGUCUGAGCCUCCCACUGCUAACAUCCGCCCCACCCCAAGUACUCCAUCUCCUAGCAACAAGCCGAGCCCCUCCCCUGGUAGCAAGUCCACGCCCCGUGCCAGCAUCCGGCCUAUGGUUACCCCAGCAACUGUCCCCAUCCCAACACCUACUGCCACCGUCAUGCCAACUACACAGACUGACAGCCAAGAGGUGCUCAUUAGUACAGGAGCCUCUGUACACUCUACCAGCUCUAGUUUGGUGAGCGCACCCACACCCAUGACUCAGCCAACUAGUACACAGACCACAGCUUUUGUCCAGCCCACCCAGCAGCAGGCAGCAAGUCAGGAUGCAGGGUCCAGCAUGGACACCGAGCGGCCAUCUACAUCCUCCUCUCUGAGUGGAACAGCAGGUUCAAAGCGGGGCAGAGAGGAAGAGGGGGUGGAGGAGGAAGUGGAGACCAGACCAGAGAGUUCCCUCACACCACCGACGGCUAAAAAACUACGCCUAAAACCAUCGAUAGCACUGCAGGUGGAAGGCGAUGAGGAGAUGGAAGGAGAGCUGAGGGAUGAGGAAGAACAACAGGAUUCACCGGAUGAUAGUCAGGAGCUUCCAGAGGAGAGUUUUCCUGUUUUAGCUGAAGAAGAUGAGGAUAUUGAGGAAGAAGGCGUGUCCCAGUCUGUCCCCUCUUAUGAGUUAUCCUCUCAGGGCUCCGCUAUAAUCCGGGAUGUCAUUGUGAUUGACACGGACAGCGAGAGCCGAGAGAGCAAAGAGGAGGAAGAGAAGCAGGAGGAUGAAGGCGAAGAAGAAGAAGAGGAGGAGGAAGACGAAGGGGAGGAGUAUAAGGAGGAAGAGGAGGAUGAGGAUGAUGAGGAUGAUGCUGCUGACAGCGGGAUGAGAGGAGGAGAUGAGAGUAAUGAGAAGAGCGAAGAUCCUGAAGAUGAGGGAGAGGAAGAGGAUCCAUCAGAAGCCCCCAACACUCAGGAGGAUGUGUGCGGUGCGUCGUCAGACUCCCAGCAUGCCUCAGAGCCGGCGCAGAGCAGUGAAGGCAGCAGCAGCGCCACAUCAGAGUCGGACCCCACCAGAGAGCCUGUACACCUCCCCCCAACAUCCUCCUCCUGUGCACCCUCCCCCUCCCUCUCAUCCUCCCUCACACCCCGCUUGCCCCAUCCCCGUAGGCCCACACACUCCCUCCCACCAAGGCUCUAUAUCCAACCUCCAGCUCCAGAGCUGGGACCUCCACACACCCAGAGACAGACCUCUCAGCUGCGCAGACCAUCAGUAGGACGUGGACUCCAACUCACCCCUGGGAUCGGCAGCACAUUGCAGCAACAUUUCUUUGAUGACGAUGACAGGAUGGUUCCCAGUACUCCCACUCUGGUUGUCCCACAUCGCACUGAUGGAUUCGCUGAGGCUAUACAUUCUCCUCAGGUAGCAGGUCUGUCCACUAGGUUUAGAUUUGGACCUCCAGAGGACCUGCUGCCUCAGACAUCAGCGUCACACUCUGACCUGGGACAGCUGGCCUCUCAAGGAGGUUUGGGGAUGUAUGAGUCUCCUCUGUUCCUGGCUGCUCAUGAUGAAGACGGAGGAGGAAGGAGUGUCCCCACCACACCUUUACAAGUGGCUGCACCAGUCACAGUCUUCACGGAGUCACUGCCCUCAGACACGGGUGACAACAUGGCCUCCCAGUCUGUUCCCAUGGUGACAGCCUCCACAGGGAUGGCUGCCGCUGCAGACGAUGGAGAUGAGGUGUUCGUGGAUCAGGAAGGAGAGGGGCAUGGUAUUGAGUCGUCUUUGGAGAGCCAGACAGAUGUGGAGUCAUCAGGGCAGCAGAGCGAUGAUGCAUCUCUGCCUUCUACCAGCCAGGACCCUGACACCAGCAGUGCGACUCAGCGGCGCGCGGUGAGCCAAUCUCUGAUCAGCAGCCUGUCGGCCAGAGGAAGCAGAGGAGGAAGGGAGAGCAGGAUGCUACUCACCCGCAGAGGGACUUUCUCUCGGGGAGGAAGGGGAGGGGCCAUGGGCAGAGGGGGCAUUGCAUAGUGAUGAUGUCAUCAGAAAGACCUCAGCCAUCUCAUCCAAUGAAGAAAUGAAAAGAUUGCCUAAUUCCUAGAUAAUUUUUUUGUUGAGUUUAAGUCAUUCGCGACAACAAAAAGAAUUGUGUCCAAUAAAAAUACAUGAUCACAUUAGAAAGACAUGACUAUGUAUUUGUGUGAGAUAUGUAAGGUCAUAUUGUUGGUGUAAUCCACAGAGUUUUCAUUUCUUUUGUCAUUUUUGUUAAUCAUGAACGCAGCUCUUGUUUUUUGAUGUUAGUUUUUCGAUUUGUUCCAUCAGAGCUGUUAAACACUUGUUUUAAAAAAUAAAGUUGAAAAUUGA